GUUGGAGCCAGUUCUUUAAGGUAAUAGCAAUUACCAACAACCCAGUGAAUAAUGCAGAAUGAAACUGUCCUGGGCAACACAACCUCAAACAGGAGCCUUAUGGUGAUAAUGAAAAUAUGUUUUGUAAGCCCAUUCUUUGGGGUCUUCCUUUACUGCAUCGUUGUCAUGCUGCACACUUUCAUAUUGCACAGGCAAUUCUGGGACAGCUCACGUUACAUACUCUUUGUCUAUAUGCUAAUCAAUGACACACUGCAGCUGCUCUCCUCUGUGCUACUCUUCCUCUUUGUCAUGGCUGACCUCCACAUAUCAUUUGCCUGCUGUGCACCACUGCUUUUCUUGUCCACGGCCACCUUCCAGAACACCCCACUCAUUCUGGCAACCAUGUCACUGGAACGCUAUGUGGCUAUCUUCUACCCUCUGCAGCAGCCCGCAGCCUGGCAUGCUGACCACAUCUGGGUCAUCAUCCUAUCAUUGUGGCUCAUCAGUUGCAUCAUACCCACUGUUGACUUUUCCCUUGGUGGGCUGCGAAUCAGCAUUGAUGUUCUCUUAACACCAGUACUCUGCAAGACACAGGCCCUCAACUCCUCACCUGUGCAGAUGCUGUUCAAGGUCAUCCUCAAUGGACUGUUCUUCACUUUGGUGGCCAUUAUCAUCCUUUUUACCUACAUAAGAAUCCUGCUGGAGACCCGCAAGAUGCGGCAGGACAGGGCAUCAGUCAGCAAGGCACUGCACACGGUUCUGCUCCAUGGGCUUCAGCUGCUCCUCUGCAUGAUGUCUUUAACUCACCCCAUCACAGAGGGCCUCAUAAUUCAGCACAUGGGCUGGCUUCAGGAUAACAUCUCCUUCUUUAACUACUUCUGUUUUGUCCUGCUGCCCCGCUUCCUUAGCCCUCUGAUAUAUGGUCUGCGCGAUGACAUGCUAAGGAAGAAAAUUAGGGGAGCGAUUUUCUGCUGCUCUACUAAAGGUGCACAGCAGAAUGAAUACCCUAAAGAAGUGGAUUCCUGAAUACAGCAAUGAUUUAUUCUUGUUUUAAAUCAAACUAUGAGAUGUCUCCGGCUCCACUU